CUUGAACUUGGACUUUGAUGUCGUCGUCUAAGAAAUUCGACGAUGCUGCAUCGUAUCUGUCGAAUGCGUCGUCGCUGGCAAGUAUUCCGUCGUCGACGAGGCUCGAGCUCUACGGACUGUUCAAAUAUGUCACCGUAGGAGCAAGCCCUGGCAGCAGUCGGCCCUCGAUAUUUGAUAUGACCGGGCGAGCAAAAUGGGAUGCAUGGAACGCGAGCGGAAAGAAGUGGUCCACCGCCGAACAAGCGGAAGCCCGAUACUUGGAAUUGGCCCAGAGUUUAGGCUGGACGGAAGGCAACCAGGUUGAAGCGUCCAAGGCUGAACAAAAGCCCGACGAUGACAGUAUCUGGGACGACGACGGCACCGCGCCGAAGUCGGGGCGAGGUUUGGGUAUCACUGUCAGCAGCAUGGUGGCGCCCGUUGAGGUCGUUAGUGACGACCUGCACGGGCUGGCGGUGUCUAAUCAGAUAGCAAGGCUGGCGGCCCUUUUGAAAGAGGAACUCGAGCUGGAUCUGGAUGCUCAGGAUGAAUAUGGAUACACGGCUCUACAUCUUGCAGCAGACCGUGGAAAUACAGCCAUUGUCAAGAUUUUACUGGACCAAGGCGCGAAUGCAGCACUAAAGGACUCGGACGGGUUCUCCGCAUCUGAACUCGCUCGUAUAGCCGGCCACAGCGACAUCGUGCAACUACUAUCUUCUUGACGCUCCUUCGCCUACAGGUGAAUCGCCGUCACGAGGUCGCCUCUGCAGCCGGCGUCGUCUCUGCUGUCAUCUCCGGCGUCGACUCGGACGAUAUGGGAACCUCCGGUGUAACAGGAUAUCCGGGUUGGAGGCGGGCGGCUGUCGAGUAUGGAGAAUCUGGUGACAGUAUCUUUC